AGAAAAAACGGCCGCCGAGUCUUUUGUCGCACAAAAGGCAGCGGGACUUUCCCGGCACUGACAAAUGAGGAGCAGCAUCAGGCUCUGUACAGCAAUACUCGGACCUCCAUUUCUCAGACCCACCACUGCAAGAACCUCCGCCUUCUCCUCUCCCUGUCCGAAUCCGAUCGGACUCGGCCAUCGUCGUCGUCAAAAUCCAAUCUUUCUUCGAACCCUGAAUUCGUCUCGCUUCGCUGCUGCGGGAGCCAAGCUCGCGAGGAUGUCGGGUCGAGGAGGCUAUGUGGAAGCUCAGAAAUUGGUCAGCUUCUCUCUCUCCCCGACCUCCGCCCUCGUCAUCCAGAAGGGGGACAUCACCAAGUGGUCCGCCGAUGGGUCCUCCGAUGCCAUUGCUAAUCCAGCAAAUGAGCGAAUGCUUGGAGGUGGUGGUGCAGAUGGAGCCAUACAUAGAGCUGCCGGACCAGAACUCCUAGAAGCUUGUUAUAAGGUCCCCGAAGUACGUCCAGGGAUCCGCUGCCCGACAGGAGAAGCAAGAAUUACUCCAGGCUUUAGGCUGCCAGCAUCCCAUGUGAUCCACACAGUUGGCCCGAUCUAUGAUGCCGAUAGUAAUCCUCAAGCGUCCCUGACAAAUGCUUACAGGAACAGCUUGACUGUGGCCAAAGAAAAGAAGCUUCAGUACGUUGCAUUUCCUGCUAUAUCCUGUGGAGUUUAUGGAUAUCCAUAUGAUGAGGCUGCCACAAUAGCUAUCUCUACGAUCAAAGAAUCCUCAGAUGGCUUGAAAGAGGUACAUUUUGUUCUCUUUUCAGAUGAUAUUUACAACGUUUGGUUGAGCAAGGCAAAGGAAUUGCUUCAGCAGUAGAUAUUCACCAGCUGUGGCGCUGUUAUCUCUCAUUUACUGAACGAGACAAAUGCCAAAUGGGGAUAUUAUCAUAAUAUGAAUGAUUAAGCUGAUAAUAAUGGUGAACUUGUGAACAAAACAUUUUCUGUUUCUUGGCUGGCCGAGUGAUCACUUCUUUUACUAGUCCAGAUUGUUAUGUUGCUGCCUUUGCAUAAGAUGGAUGACAUAGACUGUGGCAUGUGCUGUACAGUCGAACUUUUUCUUUCGUGUGAAAGAACUGAUAUUAAGCCUAUUCGAUAAUUCUGUGGCUCUGA